AUGUCGGCAAGUGAAUCAAAUAAUAACGCGACAAAUUUGAAGAUGCAGUCGAACACAAUUAAUUCGGCUUUAGCUUCAAUACAUCCAUUAACUACACAACCUCAAACGCCAUCGCCUCCACCUUUACCAUUAAUCACAACAACAUCAUUACCAUCAUCACCAGCACCAUUUAAUGAAGAUAAACAUACGGAAAAAACUUAUAAGAAAGGAAAACAAAUUUUAUUUGAAUUUGAUCAAAUCUUUAAAGAUAUUCGUUUUCAACUUAAUGAACAAUUAAAAUCCUUAGAACAACGUAUUGAAACACAAUUAUCAAUUCUUACUGAAAUACAAGAAUAUUUUAAACGUCGUGCUGAUGUUGAACUUGAUUAUGCUAAAAAUCUUGAUAAUUUACAUAAACAAAUAGGUCAAAAGCAUCGUGCACAAAAAGCACGACGUGAAACUUGGAGUCUUCAAUCAAUAUAUAAAUUAUGGGAUACUAUUGUUCAAGAUACUCGUACUCAUGUUAAAUAUCAUUCAAUUAUGUCUGAUGUUUGUGGAAAAUAUAUGUAUGAUAAAUUUAAUGAAAUAGCUGAUGAUACACGACGAAUGUUUACAAAAUGUAAAUCGGCUGGGUUGGCUAGUCAUGAAGAUAUAUAUAAAGUACUUAAUGAAUUACAGAGUACAAUGAAAACCUAUCAUCAGUAUCAGAGUGAAAGUAAACAAGCCGAACAAAAAUUGCGAAAUAUUCAACAACAGAUGGCGAAGAUAAAAAGUGCAAAAAAACAAAAAACAAUGGAAAAACGAGUUGAAAAAAGACAAAUGAAAUAUACAGAAACAAAAGUAAAAGCAUUUAAAGCACGUAAUGAUUAUUUAAUGACAAUUGAAUCUGUGAAUGCUGCAUUACAAAAAUAUUGUUUGGAUGAUGUACCUGAUUUAAUUGAUUGUAUGAAUUUUGGUUUUCAUACAUCAAUUGCUAAAACAAUUCAAAUGUAUUUAUCAGCCCAAGAAAAUAUAAAACGUGGUCGACAAGCAACAAUUGAAACAAUGAAUCGAGCGAUUGGUGAUUUAGAUACAGCUACUGAUAAACAAAAAUAUUUAGAACAAUAUUCAUCUGUCUUUACAAUACUUAAAAGAAUUAAAUUUGAACCACACAAAGGUGAUGAAGUGUCAGCUGUCAAUGCUCAAGUGUUAAUACGAGAUGAAAUGCAAUCACGAUUUAUACAAAUGCAGAGUCGACUUGCAGCAUUAAAAACUGAAAAUGAUGAGAUUUUUAAAACAAUCGAAGCUACUGAACAAUCAUUAAUGGAAUAUAUAAAUACGAAUAAUUCUGAUGUAUCCGAUUUAUUUAAAGAUCUGAAUUUACCACAAAAUGUAUCAAAAGAUACGAGAAAAGAAAUUGAAGAUUAUUAUGUUGAGAAAUUUAAACAAUAUACUUUAAGUAGUAAUUUAAUUUCACGUCUACAAGCUCGUCAUGAUAUAAUGCAAAAAGCAUUAGGUGCAGCACCAGUUGCUACCGGUGUUGAAGAUAAAAAUUUGAUACGUCGUCCGGUAAAACCGAAACAAAUUGGCCGUGCUCCAAUUCUUGGUCGUCCACGUUUAUUCGGUGGAAAACUUAUAGAUUAUGUUGAAGUAACUCAACAACAUAUACCAUUAAUUAUUUCAUCAUGUGUUAGUGCUAUUAAUCGACUUGGUUUACACAAUCAGGGUAUUUUUCGUGUACCCGGUGCUCAAGUUGAUAUAAAUCAAUUUAAAGAAGCAUUUGAAAAAGGUGAAGAUCCACUAGUUAAUAUAACUGGACGUGAUAUGAAUUCAGUAGCUGGUGUAUUAAAAUUAUAUUUUCGAGAAUUAAAAGAACCAUUAUUUAGUCGAGAUAUGUUUGAUUCAUUUAUUGGAUGUAUUGUUGAUGUUGAAUCAGAAGAAAAAUGUGUGGACAAUUUUUGUCAAGUUGUGAAACUUCUUCCUCGUCCAAUAUUUAUUGUUAUGCGUUAUUUUUUUGCUUUUCUUAAUCAUCUUGCGGAAUAUUCCGAUGAAAAUAUGAUGGAUGCAUCGAAUUUAGCUAGUUGUUUAGCACCAACUUUGUUACCAAUACCUGAAGAUCAAGAUCAAGUGCAAUAUUUAACACAUACGAUUGAACUUAUACGAUCAAUAAUUAUACAUCAUGAAGAAAUAUUUCCAUCAGAUGGUAAUGGACCUGUCUAUGAAAAAUUUGCAAUUACAGUUCCAAUUGAUGGUGAAGAAGAUGAAGAUGAUGAAGGAAUCAGUGAACGUUCAUUAAGACGAACACCAAGUGAUGAUGCGUCACAAGAUUCUGAUUAUUGCACCGAAGAUUUUAAUUUAAUGAAUGAGACUGAUGUUUGGUAA